CUUGCAUUUCAGAGAGAGGACCGGAAUCCGAAAGGCCAUCGAGAGAGAGAGAGAGGCGAAGCGACAGUAGUCAGCGAGAGAGACAAGGCGGAGAGUAGAAUCGGAUCGAAUGGAGGUUGCAGGAUCGUCGAAGAAGAUGAUCGCGACGCAGGAGGAGAUGGUGAAUGCGAAGGUGCCGAUUCCCUACAGAGACCAGUGCGCUCACCUUCUGAUACCACUCAACAAGUGCCGCCAGGCCGAGUUCUACCUCCCCUGGAAGUGCGAGCCCGAGCGCCACACCUACGAGAAGUGCGAGUACGAGCUCGUCAUGGAGCGAAUGCUCCAGAUGCAGAAGAUCCGCGAGCAAGAGGCCAAGCUCAAGCACGGCCAAAAACAGGGCUCCAUUCCCCUCAUUCCCAAGACAGCCAACGCCUAACCCUCAAUUGAUCAAUCAAUAGCUGGUCCGUUUGCUUUGUCUAUUUUUAAGACGCUCUCUUUGUUGUGUUUUUCGUUUAUUUGCACUUGGCUUGAUUUUUGAAUUAUGAAUAAAUGGCUACGUUCUAUUUUGCUCAAUCGAGGGUUUCUAUUUGGUUUUUUGCCGAAUAGCGAAUACUUUA